GUGUUCACCGCCAGGUCCUGUUUGCCACCGUGGGGUGGUUCGCUGGCUAUUACCUUCUGAAACGUAUGGAGUAUGUCCAUGCCAAGCUGGACAGGGACUUGUUUGAGUACGUCAGGCACCACCCAGAAGACUUUAAACCAGCAGAAAAGAGAAGAAUAGGAGAGCUUCUGGAUGAUUUCUACCCAGUGCGCUGA